AUGAAGCUGUUGGAACCUAUUCAACACGGAGCAGCGCAGGCAGUCGCGGGAACGUUACGUACAGUGGCCUUGCCGAUUGCACUGGCCGAAGCGGGGAUCGCUGCUGAGGAUCCGAUGGAAGAGGCAGUCGAUCCGCCCAUGGGUCAACCUACACACGUUGCCGCGAAAAUACCCUUUCGGGAAAAGAGGCACAGAAUUAACGUCGACAACAAAAGAUUUGUCACCCCCCUGUAG